AUGAUAGAAACAGCUACUACUACUCUUGACGAGUUAGUGAGUCUUCUCACCCCACCACCACGACCCUCCGCUCCUAUCCCUUGCCAGGUUGCCAGCGGUACCGGAGAAUGGAACUCUGUGCGGACUGACCUUGUCCUCGAUGACUAUGUUCCCAAUCAGCGUCAUAUAAUUCCAGCUUCUCAAUAUGAUAAAACCUCUUGGAUAUUGUAUAAUAUGCCGGUCGGCACUGUGAUUACUUUGCUUGCUGCCAUCAAAACGAGCGGCCCGAUCGCGGAUCAAGGCGAUGCUCUUACAUGCGUUGAUCUGGUUGGAACUGGAAAGACCGAAGCAGCUGAUCUUAUUCAGGUCGGCUUGAACGACCAGAUUUCAAUGUUUUUCUGGAGAACAGUUGAUCUCAACAUGGGAGCCAUUGAGUUAUUUGAUGCUUUCGAUUUCAAGGGUAGACGUUCGACCUUAUUUCUCAGCGAGUGGCCUGCCAAUACUGUUCACUCAAUUGUGAAAUGGCAAUUGCAAGACACCGUCAGUUCAGUACGUUGGAGAACGCUGAAAGAUCGACAGACGGCAAUAUUGUACGAUGCAGCCGAAGGCACUGGAAUUUCAUAUAACAAUAUAAAGGGCUGGGGUAACACGAAAGAGAUAGCCAGGCUUUCGGACGUUCGUCUCAACGACGUAGUAAGCUCUUUCAAAUGGCAGGGUAUCAAUCCUCUCAUCAGACGAGGGAGGUCUUACCUCUCAUAUCGACGAAUAAAUGAUUCCUCCCAGUCACAACCCAUCACUGUAACGCUUGAAAAUUCCACCUCUCAGACCGUCACUGUCGAAACCUCCGAUAAACAUGUCACUGGUGUAACAACAAGCUGGACUCAGACACUCUCUGCAGGAUUGGAAGGAAUAGGUUCAGCUACAUCUCAAUGGUCCGUGGAAGUCAAUUAUUCCUACGAACGAACCGACACCGAGUCUUCGAGCGAAACGAAGACAGUCGACCUCUCGGUUUCGCAGACCGUCAAUGCACCGCCCAAAAGUAGCUACAUUGCUACCUUGCUAGUGGUUCUCGGAACGAUUCCUUCAACAGAAUAUUCCACCACUGCUCAGCGUUGGUACAAAGAUCCAGUUACUGGAUCUAAGGCAGAUCCUCAAAAUAAUGGCUGGUACAAGAGGGAGGAGGAUGUGAGGCUUAACCUUAGAGGCAGUUUGGCAUGCAGAACACGGGUGAACAUUAAAGCCACACCGCUUUGA